UUUUUCAAAAUGUGAUCAUAACUCCUGAUUAUGGUUCCUUGACAACUAUAAAGACUGGCCGUACGUGAACCAUCACUUAACUCACGAAGGACACCAAGUCGAACUUACACUUUGAGAUGGACCAGUUCACUAUCUUCGGAUGUUUCAUUUUCAUCCUACGCAGUUGCAGCGGUACUCAACUUGAAGAAGAUUACCUGAAAUUUCCUCCUGGCUUCAGCAUCGGAUCGGCCUCUUCAGCUUAUCAAGUAGAAGGUGCCUGGAAUGUCAGUGGUAAAACUCCGAGCGUUUGGGAUUGGUUCACGCACAAGAAGGAUUCGACUGUGAUGGAUCAAGCGACUGGAGAUAUCGCAUGUGAUUCGUAUCACAAGUACAAGGAGGACAUUGCGAUGAUGAAGGAUAUUGGGUUUCGCCAUUACCGUUUUUCAUUGAGCUGGACGAGGAUUUUACCCACGGGAUUCCCAGACAAGAUCAGUCAGGAAGGGCUCCAGUAUUAUAAAGAUCUGAUUGACGAGGUACGGAGACAGGGGAUGGAACCGUUCGUCACGAUAUACCACUGGGAUCAUCCGGAAUUUAUGAAUCGGUUGGGAUCGUGGACCAACGAACUGAUGGUGGAAUAUUACGCUGAAUAUGCACGAAUCGUCUUCAGGGAGCUCGGGUCUAGAGUCAAAGUAUGGGCCACACUCAAUGAACCGGAGCAAAAUUGUCGUCUGGGCUUUGCGAAAGAUGUGCAUGCACCAGGGAUCAAUCUACCAUAUUUCGGCGAGUAUCUCUGUCUCCAUAAUUAUCUGAAGGCUCAUGCCAGAGCUUACCAGAUUUAUAAUGAGGAGUUCCGAGCUGAACAAGGAGGACAAGUGGGAAUUGUCCAUCUCUGUGAACACUUUUUUCCCCAACCUUCACAUGACCUAGAAACGUCGAGAAUUGGGUUCGAAUGUGGGUGUGGGUGGGCGACACAUCCCAUAUUUUCCAAAGAGGGAAAUUAUCCACAAGUGAUGAGGGAGAGGGUUAAUGGGAACAGCAAAUUGGAGGGUUUACCCUUCUCAAGGUUACCGAAAUUCUCGCCUGACUGGAUCAAACGCAUAAGGGGAUCAUCUGAUUUCUUAGGAAUCAAUGUCUACACAGCUAGGGAAGUUCGAGCAAUGCCAAGGGAGAAGAACGGUAUAUGGCCAAACGACUUUGGGACAGAGCUCAUUAUCAACGAGACUUGGCCUGUGAAUACUGCAUGGCUUCGAGUUAUUCCUCAGGCAUUGGGCGAAAUCCUGAGGAGAAUCAGAGAUGUGUACGACAAUCCACCAGUUUAUAUAAUGGAGAAUGGUGCUACAUCGGCAAAAGGUGUCAAUGACUAUAACAGAAUAGAAUAUUUACAUGACUACAUGAAAGAAAUGCUCUUGGCUAUUAAUCGAGAUGGUUGUAAUGUCAAGGGUUACACUAUCUGGAGCUUCCUGGACAGUUUUGAAUGGUCUGAGGGAUACACCGAUCUCUUUGGUUUGGUCGAAGUCGACUUCACCGAUCCGAAUCGUAAGAGAACUCCCAGACUCUCGACAAAAUGGUUAAAGAAAAUCAUGCAGAAAGGAAGAUUAAUCAACAUAAAGGAUCUUGGUCAAUUAAAUUAAUUAUAACUGUACCAUACAUAUGUUGAUAUAUAUGUUUUUAAACAAAUAAUGGAAAUAAAGAAUCUAGUAUGGAAAUAGAA